AUGUUCCUGAAUUGCCGACUGGUCUCAUCUUUGGUGGUUACAGUGGUUAACAAGCCUCUUCGCCUAGGCUGGCCAAGCGAAGGUGCCAAGUAUCAGCACGCCUUGCCAGGGUUUGAGAACGCGGAAGCCUUCUACAGUGAGGGCGUCUACGGCAUGAUUCGCUGGGGCUUCAACGUGUUCUUUUUCGAAGCUUUUGACGAGCCCUGGAAGCCGCACGCCAUUGGCGAGGAUGGCAGCGAGGCGCCUGAGGGGCACUGGGGCGGGAUGAAAGCCGAUCGCAGUGCCAAGUAUCCUCUCAGGUGCUGA